UCACCACCGUCAAGUAAUGAACAGCUUUAUGAUGUUAGUGUAGUGGAGUAUGGACCUCAGUUUGGAGUUGUCGUUCGUAGAAAGAGCACCAAUACAACGGUGUUUUCCACAGAUGUACCAGGAAUGACCUUCUCGGAUCAGUUUCUACAAAUCACAACCCGUCUACCAUCUGAUAACCUUUAUGGGUUUGGUGAACACAAUCAUCGUCAAUUCAAACAUGAUAUGAACUGGCGGACAUGGUCUAUAUUUACUAGAGAUUCUGGUCCUGUAGGACCAGAAAACUUAUACGGUGCCCACCCGGUUUACUUAAACUUAGAGGAUGACGAAAAUGCGAACAUGGUCUUGUUAAAGAACAGCAAUGGAAUGGAUAUAACCUUACAGCCAAGUCCCAAUCCAGCCGUAACAUAUCGGGUGAUAGGUGGUAUUUUAGACUUCUAUAUAUUUAUGGGGCCAAGUCCUGAACAGGCGGUACAACAAUAUAUUCAGUCUAUAGGACUACCCGUAAUGCCACCAUAUUGGUCUUUAGGGUUCCAUCUAAGUAGAUGGGGAUAUAAAGAUUUAGAAGAUAUGCAGAUGGUGAUAAAUAGAACCCGAGAUGCCGGUAUACCUUAUGAUGUCCAAUGGGCUGACAUCGACUAUAUGUAUAAUUUUAUGGAUUUUACUUAUGAUAAAUCUGAUUGGCCAGGUCUACCUGACUUGGUAGAGGAUCUUCAUCGUAAUAACCAGAAGUUUGUAGUCAUUCUUGAUAGUGGUAUAGCUUCAAACACUACAUUAAUACAUGGGGCAAAACAAAAUAGUCCUGGUUUUAAUAUAUAUCAAGAUGGUAUCGACAAAAAGAUGUAUGUUAAAGAUGUUUCUGGAAAUGAAUUAAUAGGGGAGGUCUGGCCAGGACAAACGGCAUACCCAGAUUUUACUCGUUCUAAUACCAUGAACUGGUGGUUGAAAUGGAUGCGAUAUUUACACAAGAAUCAAUCGAUUGAGUUUGAUGCAUUGUGGAUAGAUAUGAAUGAACCAUCUAAUUUUGUAGAUGGGUCAAUACAUAGUUGCAACAGCAGUUCAAAAUUGAAUUUCCCCCCUUAUGGAGCACACAUACUUGGAACUGAGAUUGAUGGUAGAUUAUUCAGCAAGACACUAUGUAUGGACAGCCAUCAACACUGGGGUCGUCAUUAUGAUGUACAUAAUCUAUACGCCCACAGCCAAACGAUAAGGAUACACGAUGCAUUGAUCAACAUGUCAGCCCCAAAAAGACCAUGGGCAAUAACUAGAUCAUCAUUUGUUGGUACUGGUAAAUAUGCUACAAAAUGGAUGGGAGACAAUCAAAGUAAAUGGCCACAGUUGCAUUGGUCUAUAAUUAGCAUAAUGGAGUUCAGUAUGUUUGGGUUUGCUAUGAAUGGAGCUGAUAUUUGUGGAUUUUGGUAUGAAGCUGACUAUGAAAUGUGUUUAAGAUGGCAUCAACUAGGAGCUUUUUACCCUUUUUCUAGAAAUCAUAACGCAAAGGGAGAUAAUCCUGUAAUAUUUAAGCAUCAAGACCCAGCAGGAUGGGAUGAACAUUUUAUAGAUAUAGUAAAACCCGUUCUCCUGACUAGAUACAGACUUUUACCAUAUCUGUAUACCCUUAUGUAUAAAGCUCACGAAGAAGGCUACAUGGUCAUGAAAGCACUGCUAUUUGAAUUUCCAAAAGACAGAAACACAUGGUCAGUAGACCGACAGUUUUUGUUAGGACCAGCCCUUCUUAUAUCACCAGCCCUAGAACAGAACCAAACCAUCGUUGAUGCUUACUUUCCUAAGGCCAGAUGGUAUGAAUAUCAUACGGGGAAAGAAAUAACACAAACCGGAGUUGUUCACCAACUAUAUACUCCGCUAGAUAAAUUCAAUUUACAUCUACGAGGUGGUUACGUGAUACCUUGGCAAGAACCUUCAACUACAACUCACCAAAGUCGAACCAAUUUUAUGGGUAUAAUCAUUGCUUUGGAUGAAAACCAACUUGCUAAUGGUGAAUUGUUUUGGGAUGAUGGAGAAAGUCUAGAAACAUACAAAAAUAACCAAUCAUCUGUACUGACGUUUACUAUGGUUAAGGCUGGAGAACUGACGUUCGAUUUUCAAACCAAUAAUUACCGGGCAGCGGAACUCAGAAAAAUACAAGUAAUUGAAAUCUAUGGUUUAGAUAGGAUACCAGACAAGGUUUUUGUUGACGAUAUCAGGGUAGACGAUUAUAAAAUACGGCAGUCAGAAAAGAUUAUUCAGAUAAUGGAUCUGCACAUAUAUUUUUUUAAUAUCAACUUUUCACCAUGGGUUGUGAGGUGGGAGAUAGAUUAGCGUUCAAUGAUUUUCUUAAAAUAAUUACACAGA